UGGCGCGCGUCGCGACCCGCCCCGUCCCGUCCAGUCUGGCCUGGGCGCUGCCACCCACCAGCCUGUCCUGGGUGUCCCGUGCCCUGCCCCCAUCCAGUCAUGACCCUGCGCCCCCCGCUUCUCCCGCUCCGUCUGCUGCUGCUGCUGCUGCUGCUCUGUGGGGCGGUGUGCCGGGCUGAGGCUGGCUUCGAAACCGAAAGUCCCGUCCGGACCCUCCAAGUAGAGACCCUGGUGGAGCCCCCGGAACCGUGUGCUGAGCCUGCUGCCUUUGGAGACACGCUUCACAUACACUACUCGGGCAGCUUGGUAGAUGGACGCAUCUUUGACACUUCUCUGACCAGAGAUCCUCUGGUUAUAGAACUUGGCCAAAAGCAGGUGAUACCAGGUCUGGAGCAGAGCCUUCUAGACAUGUGUGUGGGAGAGAAGCGAAGGGUAAUCAUUCCUUCUCACUUGGCCUAUGGAAAACGGGGAUUUCCGCCAUCUAUCCCAGCGGAUGCAGAGCUGCAUUUUGACGUGGAGCUCAUUGCACUGAUCCGAGCCAACUACUGGCAAAAGCUGGUGAAGGGCAUUUUGCCUCUGGUAGGCAUGGCCAUGGUGCCAACCCUCCUGGGCCUCAUUGGGUAUCACCUAUACAAAAAGGCCAGCAGACCUAAAGUCUCCAAAAAGAAGCUCAAGGAAGAGAAACGAAACAAGAGCAAAAAGAAAUAAACAAUAAUUUUUAAAAAUCUUU